UCCCCUUUAAAAAGUGCGCGCGCCCCUUUAAGCGCAGCUGUGUGCGCGAGUCUUUAUUGCCGGAGUGCCUACCUGCUGGUGUUAGACUGAGUGACUGAGAGAGCGCGAGAGAGAGAGAGAGAGAGUGUGAGUGUGAGUGUAUAUGAAGCGUGCUGCUCUCAUUGUCAGUACCUCACCACUAAUGCGUUAAAUGCGAAGCGAUGGGAAUCUCGCAGUCAUGUCUCUGCGAAGAACCGCGUUAGCUUUGCUCGUGCUGAUUGGAUUAAUAGCGCCGGGUGAUGCUCUGAAGUGUAACUGUACUAACUGUGAAAAAAGUGGCUAUGAGUGUGAGACAGAUGGGGCCUGUAUGGCCUCCACCUCCUACAUUAAAGGCCAGGAGCAGCAUGUGCGCAUCUGUAUUCCACGUGAGAGUCUAAUCCCACCUGGUCAACCCAUCUACUGCCUGAGUGCUGAGGGAGUGCUCAACACACACUGCUGCUACACAGACUACUGUAACAGUGUCGACCUGCAGGUCCCUAAUGGGGUUCCUAAGCAUGAGAGCUGGCCAGGCACACCUGGUAGCUGGGGUCCAGUGGAGUUAGUAGCAGUCAUAGCAGGACCAGUCUUUGUUUUCUGCCUGUUGCUGAUUGUCGGCGUCUUCCUGUUCCAGCACCACCAAAGGAACUACAACCACCGGCAGAGGCUAGAUGUAGAAGAUCCCUCAUGUGACCACCUUUACCUAGCCAAAGACAAAACCCUGCAGGACCUCAUAUUUGACUUGUCCACCUCUGGCUCUGGAUCUGGUCUACCUCUGUUUGUGCAGAGGACGGUGGCGAGGACCAUCGUGCUGCAGGAAAUUAUAGGGAAGGGUCGCUUCGGGGAGGUGUGGAGGGGAAAGUGGAGAGGAGGAGACGUGGCCGUGAAGAUCUUCUCUUCCAGAGAGGAGCGCUCCUGGUUCCGCGAGGCUGAGAUCUACCAGACUAUCAUGCUCCGGCACGAGAACAUCUUGGGCUUCAUCGCAGCAGACAACAAAGACAAUGGCACGUGGACUCAGCUGUGGCUGGUCUCAGACUAUCAUGAACACGGCUCUCUGUUUGACUACCUGAACCACUACUCGGUCACCAUCGAAGGCAUGAUCAAGUUGGCUCUGUCAGCCGCUAGUGGUCUUGCACACCUGCAUAUGGAGAUCCUUGGCACGCAGGGAAAGCCUGGAAUUGCACACAGAGACCUCAAAUCAAAAAACAUCCUGGUAAAAAAGAAUGGCACCUGCGCUAUAGCGGACUUGGGCCUGGCUGUACGCCACGAGUCCAUCACUGACACUAUUGACAUCGCCCCUAAUCAGAGGGUGGGCACCAAGAGAUAUAUGGCCCCAGAGGUGCUGGAUGAAACUAUCAACAUGAAGCAUUUUGAUUCAUUUAAGUGUGCUGAUAUCUAUGCAUUAGGACUGGUGUACUGGGAGAUAGCAAGACGAUGUAAUGCUGGAGGCAUCCAUGAGGAGUACCAGCUACCGUACUACGACCUUGUGCCCUCUGACCCUUCCAUAGAGGAGAUGAGGAAGGUUGUGUGUGACCAGAGACUGCGGCCCAAUGUGCCCAACUGGUGGCAGAGCUACGAGGCCUUGAGGGUGAUGGGGAAGAUAAUGCGCGAGUGCUGGUAUGCUAACGGAGCAGCCAGACUCACGGCUCUGCGCAUUAAGAAGACUCUCUCACAGCUCAGCGUGCAGGAGGACGUUAAGAUGUGAUGCACACACGGGUUGCUGCUUCCCCCAGAGACGCACACUCGGAGUGACCUGCCAGUUUCAGACACAGUUUUAUAAAGUUGUGACAGGGACUACCUCACCUUUUUAGCCAAAACUACUGAGCUUAAGGCUACUCCAGCUGUUCUUCAAUCCCUCCAUGCGCUCCCAGUCCAGUCUGUCUGUGUCCAGCUCCAUCAUGUCGACGCUACACACCUCCAUUGCAUGGACUGUCUGUUUCUAAGGCAGGAUUAAUUCAUUAACUGUGAUGGGACUUUCUUUUUUUUUUUCUUUUUUCUUUUUUUUUUCUUUUUUUUUCUUCCUUGAAAAUGGACUAUUGUGUACUAAAGAGCAUGGUUGUAUAUGCGUUCUUAUUUUGCGUGUCUCGUUUAGCCCAUACAGUAUGUUGUACUCUGAAUCAUAGACUUUACUCCACUGUGGUGGCGGGAUUGUGUUUCCUGAUUUUUAUCUGCCUUUAGCAUAGAAAAAGCAUAAAGUAAAGCAGCAGUGAGACUAUGAAAUUCACAGCAGGGCCGGGUUAGAGUGAAGUUCUUUGCUGUCCCACUAUUAAAGGAAAUUAGUUGUGUUUGGGGAGUUAAAUGUAAAUUUCUGGUUGCUGAGAAACUGCUCAUGUGAAUCGAGACUCAUUUAUGUAACUAAUUAAUAUUGUGACCUAGACUUAGUUACUGUACAAAAAGGCAUGUUUCUUAUAAGCGUUAAGAUUUAUGUGCGGUUAACUGUUUAGGGAGCUUUUUUUUUUUCCUUUAUCCCCAAUUUAUUUAUUUUUUUUAUAUAUGUAAUGUAGCUGUUCAGGACACUGUGAGAUUAGUGCUCAUUCAGGUUAUGGCCAUUAAUGAUACUAAUAUGAGAUAUAUAAUGCUGUGCAAACAUCAAAUUCAUGGCAAGAAAUGUAGCAUAAUUAUCAUUGUUUUUUUUUAUGCAUUUUUCCCCUUACGUUUUUGAGCAUGCGCUAUAUCCAACUGGUGUUCUGUUGAACUGCACUAUUGCUCCUUUGGGGAAGUGGCAGAAGGUGGCCAUUCGUGCCACUUUAAGAAGCAUCCUGUAAAUGGUUCAUGUAAAAUAAUGCCUCAAUCUAUCUGCUUAUUUAUAAUAUAACAUUUAUAAUCUACAACUUUCUAUGAUAUGUUUUCAUCAUGUAUUUUAUAGUUUUUAAUUCAAGCCAAUGGAAAGGUACUACUGACUGCUCUGUUCCUUGCAUGAAUGAAAAUCUCUAAGCUUGUAAGUUUCGUAGUUAUCUGUUUAUGAUCUGAGUAACUUAAUAUGCCAGUGUCUGACACACAGCUCUAUAUCUAAAUGCAGGAAUCUAAAUUUGUUCCCAGUGUGAUUUGUAGAAUUCUUUAAAAAAAACAAAAAAAAAAAACAAACAAAAACAUCUGAACAGAAAUGCAAUGUAAGCUUUAGACUGCGUGUGUGUAUGUGUGUGCGUCUUUUGCUUUGGCUGUUUUGAAGAGGCCAUACAAGGUCUAUAACAGUUGAAUGAGCACAGUGGAUGAAUGCACACAGUUACAUAAUCACGAUAGUCUGGACACAUAGUGUUUUUGAGUAUAGAUUAACACAAGGGUGUCAAUAGCAUCAGGAUAAAAUGAACUUGUCCAGGAAUCUUGCUUAAAGUCUUAAACAGAGUGCUUGGAAGAAAGGAAAAAAAGUUAACACUUAUAUAUUACAACACUAACACAAGGAGGAUAGGUUACUAACUACGCAACCUUUCUUCUUUGCACCAAACUCUAUCUGGUAGCCAUUUUACCAAAACGACAACAGUACUGUAAAAAAAAAAAGAAAACUGUAAAGAAUAAUGUUGCCAGUAAGUGUUAACUUUUUUUUAAUCACUCUAAAAUCUAACAAUCCACCUUUUUACUAACAUUCUCUGGGUCAAGCACUGGAAUUUUUGUUUUGACUAAUGUAAGGAAAAAUGGACUUGUCACCACCUCUUUUUAUUUUAUUUAUAACUCUUGUGUUUUGCAGCUGGAAUUUGCCUGUGAUUGUGAGACAUACUGCAUACUCUUACAUAGCAAAUACUUAUGACACUAGGAGGGAUUUUACAGCAGAUGUUAGUCAGGCCACUCACUGGAAGAAUCACACUGGUGUGUAGACUAACUGCCCUUGUUUGGUUUAUUGCAAAGACUGGAUGCUGUAAUUUAAACCAUAUGUUAAACCCAUGCUAAAUGCAAAUUCUUUUGGGGAUUCAUUGAAAUUGUACAUAAAUAAUACAUUUUGUUUUCUUA